AUGGCUUUGGAAGAUACACCGGUUGAACAGUGUUGUAUAUGUAUAGCAGGAGGAGGGCGAGGAGGAGGGAAAAGAGGAGGGCGAGGAGGGAUUGGGCAAGGUGAGGGCGAGGAGGAGGGAAAGGAGGGAGGCGAGGAGGGAUUGGGCGAGGAGGAGGGCGAGGAGGGCAAGGAGGAUGGCAAGGAGGAGAACAAGGAGGAGAGAAAGGAAGAUGAUGUACAUGUAAAGCAGGAGGAGCAGGGCGGGGAGGAGGGAAAAGAGGAGGGCGAGGAGGGAUUGGGCAAGGAGGAGGGCGAAGAGGGUGAGGAGGAUGGCAAGGAGGAGGGCAAGGAGGAGAGAGAGGAAGAGUGCGAGGAGGAGGGCUGCGGGGAGGGGGAGGAGGAGGGCAGGGAGGAGAGCGACAAGGAGGGUGCGGAAGAGGGUGAGGAGAAUGUAGAGGGGGGUGAGGAUGAAGAAGGUGUACAAGGUGAUGACGAUGUUCAGGAGGUGCAGCUCGUACGAGUGGCGGGUGAUGGAGAUGUGAGGGUGCGAAAAUUGUGGAGAUGA